ACUACGGCUCCCGGCAUGCCUCUCUGCGACUGCGCCGACCAGACGCCAGUCUGGGGAUUCCCCAGGCCGCUGAAAUCCCCUGUCUGUGGAAGGAGCGACUGCGGGGCAUCGUCGCUCUGCCCAGACUAUCCCUAUGGCCCUGCGGCCCUCCAGGCCUUUCCUGUAGGGUCUCCCCCCCCCCCUCCCGCCUCCGCCAUGGCCUCCGAGGCUGCUGCUCAGGGCGGCCUGCGGGAGCCCAAGCGGGUGGAAGGCGACGACUGGUGCGACAGCGGCCUGGGUUCCCUCAGCGAGGCCCAGCUGGGCCAGAUCCAGGGAGACGCGGGCCUGGUGGGCCCUGGCGAGGUGGAGGAGGGGCCUGGGCGCCGGGCUGUGACCCCUGACCCCGGCCCCUCCGGCUCCACUGGCCCUCAGAAGGCGCUCUUGGAGGAAGAGGAUGACUUGGAGCGGCUGGACUCUGCCCUCGGGGACUCCCUGAGGGGAGACGAGGACGUGGGCGCCAUUGUGGACGGCGUGGGGGCCGUGCGCCUUGAGAACGGGGCUUCGGCGGUGGUGGCCCCCGAGGCCUGGCUGCACCACGUGCUGGGCUUCGUCACCGAGGACGGGGACACAGCUCUCCACUUGGCCGUCAUCCAUGAGCACGAGGCCUUUCUGGAUUCCAUCCUGCAGUACACCCAAGGAACGGAUUACCUGGAUAUUCAGAACGACCUUGGACAGACAGCACUUCACAUUGCAGUCAUCCUCGGGGCUGCCGAUUUUGUGGGCAAGCUUGUGUCGGCGGGAGCCAGUCUGUGUGUGCAGGAAAAGGGCGGCCACACCGCUUUGCACUUGGCGUGCCGAGAAGGGCAGAGGGAGUGCGUGCAGAGGCUCCUGACGCCGCAUGUUGCGCAAAGGCCCUGCGAAGGGAGCGGCUUUCGGGCCCAACUGGACUGCACCAAUUUUGAUGGUUACACGCCCCUGCAUGUUGCCAUCUUGCGGAAAGACUUGGACGUGGUCAGUCUCUUAAUCUCCGGGGGAGCUGAUCUCAACAAACCGGAGCUGAGCUGUGGGCGGAGCCCUCUUCACCUGGCUGUGGAGUCUCAGAACCCAGAGGUGGUUGAAUACCUGCUGCACGCUGGAGCAGACCCGGAGGCCCGCAUGUAUGUUGGCUACACCCCCAUGUACAGCGCCCUGCACCGGCCCGACCAAAAGAUUCCCCAGCUCUUGCGGGAGUUUGGCUCAGAGGAGCCAGACUGGGACUCGGAGGAGAGUCUGGACAGCAACAGCGAGGAGGAAUAUGAUGACAUCGUGAUCAACCGUGGGCAUUAGAAGACCAGGCAAGGGGUCCAUUUCAUCUCCUGGGCUGCGUUCCGUUAACCAUGCCUCCGCCUCUGGCAGCCAGCGCUGGUUCUUGUAGCAACUGCAUUCUUCACUGUGAGCUAGAUCUGACUUAUUUAUAGGGGCUGGGGAAGGGGCUGGGGAGGGAGCUGCGUCGUCUGCCAAAGAGAGCGCUCCCUUAGCUCCAUUCCAAUUUACGCUCCAUUAUUGGUUUGUUUUCCUGUUUGUUCCCAAAGUUCUGAUGACUUCUGUUUUUUGUUUGAUGUCCAGAAUAAUAAUAAAAAAGUGUGUAUUGGGGGCACCUGAUCAUAGCUGCUUUGGCAUCUCUGAAACGAGCACCCCGUAGGUUUGAAUUCUUCCCCCCAACCUCAAUCCUUGCUAGCUUGAGAGAUAGGAAGGAGCUAAACCACAUCUUGGUGUCAUCAAACGCAUAUCUGAGCUGGGUGGUGUGUGUGUGUGUGUGUGUCUGAUUCCAGACCCAAAAUUUGGAUGUUCUACAUUGACUCGAGUUCUAUUUUAAAACACCUCUUUUGUCGUGUUUGGGGAUUUUUGGCAGGGUUUUGGCCUGGGUUAGGAUUCACCCACCCCAGGCUUAACCCACUAGAUCUUACAUUAGCGAUGACUCAAGAUUGAUAGGUGCAUAUGUAUGUACACACACACACACACACACACACACACCUCCACCGUGAAACCUUUGCAGGAAAUACCUUCUCUCUACAACCACGCGUCCUCAUGAAUUUAUUUCUUUUUAGGUUCUCUGGUGCUCAUUUGCUCAAACCUCGCUUUCAUGGCUCUUCUCCUGUCUGUACAUUGAGCCUCGUUUAGGUUGGGAAUGGGUGGGGCCAGAAGACAGGGGGUGAGAGUAAGAACAGAUUGUGGCGACUUCCCUUUCCCCCUCCCUCCAACCUCCCUCCAAUAGAUGGACCAGGACUGUGCCUUUGCCGUAUGUGAAGGAGAGUGCCUCCAAUCAGGUGGUGGUUGUAUGUCCUUUGUCCCUCCUGCCACUGAGAAACCAGACAGUCGCCUCCACUUCUAGGCUUACGACUCACUUCCCCUUCUUUUCAUUCUAAACAUGAACUGCUAUUGUGCCCUGAGCAAUCUUCUGCAGCCUGUAAGAGCCUCCGUGCACCAGCGGGUGGGGCUGGCAUUUGCCCCCCUUACCCCCUGCCCACAUUUGCCCUCUUUAACCUCCCUCCCAAGGCUGCAGCUUGGGAACAGCAGUCUUUUCCACCCUCUGCCCAGCCAAUGCCUUGAAUCAUCUGUGGGCAGUGGGGAAGAUGUGGGCAGGCUACUCGGGCCAUCGUGCUUUCCAGGAACUGGGUCACUAAGACCCAGGGACCCUGGACUCCUUCCUCUUUCUGGGUUUACUGCUUCUGCCUGUGCUGUACUCCUGGUUCGUGCUAUUGCGCCACUUCACCCUGCCCCCUUUUGCCCUCUUCUGCCACCAUUUUGACUGCCAGCAGCUGAGUGCCACAUUCAGGAGUGGGGAAGAAGAAGCUCUCUUUAGUUGCCUAGUGGCCAUGAGGUUGCCAGCCUCGUGAUAAGGCCAGUCCAGUCUGAUACUGCCAUAGCUUUUGUGUUCUGACUCCUAUUUGAAAGCCCCUUGUUUGUGAUUUUCAGCUGGGGAGUGGGGGUCUUCUGUUUCUCUCCAUAGGAGAGAAUGCUUCUCCUGUUCCUUUAGAACUGAAGCUGUGUCCUGGGUGGUACAUGGCAGCCCUUCUCUGGCAGCUUCUGCCCAGCCGCCUUUGUGUCAUUUGUGGCUUAGUUUUGCUAGCUCUAGCAGAAGUCUGAGGUUCCACUUCCUCUUUCCAGCAGUGCUCUGUUUUGCUGCGGUAUCUCAGCAACCGGCGGGCUCGGCCCCUUCCCUCUCCCUCCCCCCCAUACCUCUGCCUACAUAAGCAGAGUGUUGCCUCACUCUCAAUGAAUGUCACAGGUUGCUUUCUCAAUCUGCUCUGCUAGCGGCAAUGGGGCCGGGGGUAAUGGCAGCAUGUGCAUUCUGCACCCCAGAAAGCAGCGAGGGGCGGGCGGUGGGGGAAGCUCAGCUGCAAGGUGAGAAAGGAAGUUAUGAGUAGUCCUGGACGAGUACUGACUGUGUCAGUUUAGGAGGAGGUUGGGCUUUGCAUCGUACUGAGAGGUUGGAUUUUGGAUUUGGGUAAGGGCUGAGUGUGAGCAAGUGGGGGGGGGCGAGGUGGAGAUAUCGUAGAGGGUGCCAGUGUCUGGGGGUAGCAGCAUGGCACACCGCAGCUGGCGGGUAGAUUUUGCCCACAUCUGAUAAGCUGAUUUUUUGCAGUCACAGCAUCCACUUUUCCUGUGGAUCAGCAAUGAGCCCUCUCAUUGGAGCUGCUAUUUAAAUACAUAUAUAUAUAAAUAAUACCAUAUGUGUCUUCAACGAAAGGAGGAAAUCCAGUCCAUCUUAUGUACAUAGUUUGAUUUCUUCCACAUGCAAACCCUGUCUGAAGGAAUUGAUUGUUCUUCCCUUCCACGAGGCUGGGUGUUUCGUUUCGUUUCGUAGCUACGGUGUGGUUUUUCUGUGAUCUGUUCUAAUCUGUGUCUGUGACCAAGUUCUGUCUCUCUGCCUUCCAUGUGUCUGUUGUAUUAUGUAGGUCUCUCUGGCCCUGAUCAGAUUAAAAGCUAUGGAUUUC